AUGGUGACAGACGUGCAGCUGGUCACAUUUGCCGACAUGCUUGGUGUAUCAUUGUUCCUGCUGGUUGUGUUGUAUCACCAUGAUGCUGUCAAUAACCCCAAGAAGCUGCUAUUAUGA